AAUGAUGCCUCAUUCAUCUUCAAAGUUCAACAUUUUGUGGAAAAGAUGAUCUGAUUCUCGAUUCCAUCCAGAGAAAUCCCAGAUAAACGAAUGCCGGCCGAUUUGGUUAGAAUGGCAGAAGAUUCUUUCUCCGUGAUCAGGAACUACCAAUAAGGCCUUUUGAUCAAUAAAUUCCAGCUCGCCGGAAUCCAGGCCAAAAAAAAGCUAUGAAGCGAUUGACGGAGGAGAAUUUAAAUAAGGUUAUAUCGGAGACAGAAUGGAGUCCCGAUGACGAUGCCGGCGGAGGACAUACUCUGUCCACCGCUGGCGUGAUGAAGUUUGCAAGAGAAUUACUGCUUCAUUUCAAAUCUCGAAAGCCUGAAGUUCUAUCAGAGGUAUCAAGUCGGUUCGGGCCGGAAUCUGGUUUUUCGCCUCGAUUUCGUGAGGAUUUAGAGCUGGGGUUGCUGAUUCAAGCUGCUGCUGAAAAGGUUGCAAAACAGGACUACGUUUAUGCAAGGAAAUUGCUUCAGAAGUGUGAUGAAUCGGGUUCCAAAGACGGUAAUCCGGUUCAGCGAGUGGUUUAUCACUUUUCACAAGCACUUCAAGUGAAGAUCGAUCGGGAAUUGGGGAUUUCUGUCCCAAAUGAUAUGGCAGAAAGUCAUCAUCAGAGGAAAUUGCCGGUUGAUGUGAAACAGGCCAAGCAUCUGUUGCAGCCUGAACUGAUUCAAUCUCAGCAAAACCACGCGCUUCGCCUCGAAAAUCAUAUGGUGCCCUGUCAAGUGGCCCUUGAUUCUGUUGGAUCAGCGAAGAAAGUUCACUUGAUUGAUUUCGGGAUCGAAAAUGGCUCCGUUUGGACGCCUCUUAUGCAAUCUUUCGCUACCCGGGAAGAGUCUAAUCCGCUAGAGUCGCUCACGAUUACUGCAGUUGGAGGUUGUAGAGAAAUGUUAGGAAUGGCUGGCAAAUGGCUGUCUGCUUUUGCUGCAACAAUUGAUUUGCCAUUUUCGUUUAAGAUUGUGCUAUCAGAGUUGAAGGACAUAAAAGAUGAUGUUUUCGAGAUACAGGUGGAUGAAGCCGUGGUUGUUUGCUUCAGAUGGCGGCUUUUAACUCUGUUAGCACAGCCUAAUCAACUGACAUCAGUAAUGGAAGUGAUCAAGAAACUCAAUCCCUGCGUGGUACUGGUAAAUGAGAUGGAAGCGAGCUUAAACUCGCCGGUUUUCUUGGAACGCUUUCGCGAAGCGCUUUUUCUCUUCAGCGGGAUGUUUGAUUGCGUUAACACUUGCAUUGGGCAAGACAUUGCUUGUAGAAAAAUGAUUGAAGAAGAAAUCCACUGGGCUAUUCUGAACGUUGUCACGGCUGAAGGUGCAGAGAGGAUUCAUCGGUAUGAAAAGAUCGGUUUUUGGAGGGGCCUUUUCUCAAGGUUGGGAUGGGUGGAAACAGAGCUGGGCAGCUCAGCAUUGUCCCAGGCUGAACUGUUGCUGAAGAGAUCAUCUCAGUUUCGUUUUUGUACAAUGAAGAUGGAUGGGAAAUGCCUCAUCCUUGGUUGGAAGGAAACCCCGUUUCAUUCUGUUUCUGCCUGGAAAUUCCAGGAAGAAUGAAUGGAAUAUAUUCACAAGACUUUUACUUGGG